UAAAUAUUUAUCCAUAUUACAAAUAAUAACGAUACAAUGCAUAGAAUAAAAUUACGUUUGUUUACAUGUGAUUAGUGAAUUUAAGGAAAUAAUUACUUGUGAGACAUUUAAAAAACUAAGUAAAAUUGUAUAUAACAUAAUAUUAAAAAUAAAAAAAUAUUUUCACUUCAAUAGAAAGGAACUUGACAAAAUAGAUAAAUAAAUUUUUUCUACAUAACAAUUUUCUUUAAUUGUAUUGUUUCGGAAAAAAUGUAAGUUCAUUCCCCUCUGGAGGACAGUCAGAAGCAAGAGCAAGAAAUCAUCGUGCGCGAGUUAAUGAAAAGGGGAAUAAGAGAGAAUGUAUGGAAAAUUGAAAAAUACGAGAGCGAAACUAUACUCAGUUGUUAGUGCGUGUGUGAUGACGAGAGAAACCAGCAUGAUUUUUUGUCCGUGACUGUCAUUCAAGGUGCCUUAGCAAUUCUUAAUUUAAUUAUUCUGGGCCAAGCAUGCCCUCGAAAAAGCAGUACAACCUUGUGCGCAAUGAUGAAUACGACACGAGGAUUCCUUUACACAGCGAGGAGGCUUUCCAUCGUGGUAUUGUCUUCCACGCGAAGUUUAUCGGAUCUAUGGAAGUACCAAGGCCAACCAGCCGCGUCGAGAUCGUAGCGGCAAUGCGACGAAUUCGAUAUGAAUUUAAGGCGAAAGGAAUAAAAAAAAAGAAAGUAACAUUAGAAGUUUCUGUAGAUGGUCUCAAAGUUAGCCUGCGUAAAAAAAAAAAAAAACAGCAAUGGAUUGAUGAAAAUAAAGCAUUUCAGAUGCAUUAUCCAAUAUACAGAAUAUUUUACGUCUCCCACGACAGUCAUGAUCUAAAAAUAUUCAGUUACAUAGCUCGUGAUAGUAAUAGCAACUCGUUCAAGUGCAACGUCUUUAAAUCUAAUAAAAAGAGUCAAGCCAUGAGAGUAGUUAGAACAGUAGGUCAAGCCUUUGAAGUGUGCCAUAAAUUAAGCCUGAACUCACCAACGGAACAGAGAGAACAAGACAUUGAUAGAGAACGAGAACAUGUACUUGAACAUAAUGACGAGCAUCCUCUUCAUAAUGAUGAUUAUGAUGACGAGAUGACAAAUGAACGCGCACCAAUAAUCCAACGACGAACACCAUCUCCAAGCAUACAUAAAGACAUAUCACUAUUAAGUGACGGAGAAAAUCCAGUGCAAGAUCAACCACCUGCGAUUUCGCCUUGUAUUGUAAGAACACAUGGAUCGUCAGCGUCUCCAAUGAGACAAUCACCAUCAGGAACUGUGGCAUCUGAUUGUGGCGACUUAUUAAUUUCGAGUAAUAAUGAAUUAACUUCUCUUAAACAUGAAAUACAACUUCUUCGAGAACGUCUCGAUCAGCAAAGUCAACAAACACGUGCUGCUGUGGCUCACGCGCGAUUAUUGCAAGAUCAAUUGGCAGCUGAAACGGCAGCGCGAGUAGAAGCCCAAACACGAACUCAUCAGCUCCUUGUUCAAAAUAAGGAGCUUUUAGAGCACAUUGGAGCAUUAGUCAGUCAUUUAAGAGAACAAGAUCGUACUUCAAGCUCUCAUGGGAACUCAGUGUUACAGUCACAAGUUUCAGGUGUAACUGGCAAUACAAUAACUUCGCAAAGUCCCACCAUUCCUGACUUGUCAAGUCUUGGUCAGCAGUCACAAUGGACACCAAUACAAAACUCACCCUGGGAGUUAGAGGCACCGUCUUUUACAUACUCUUACACUCCUGAAUUUUAUUCAACAACGGCGAGGAUAGACCAGCCGUUUACUUCCAACGAUCAAAUGCACUUUCAAGCCCAACUACUUGAGAGGUUACAUAAUAUUAGCCCAUACCCGACUCAGAGGUCAUCCUACUCUACGCCGUCGUCUUACCCUAUGCAGCCACCGAACUUCCUUUUAUCUCCAAAUUGUAAUAAAUUACCAAAUUCGUCGAAUUCGGGAUCUCUAUCUCUUCGUAUAUCUCAAGCAAACAGCUUUACUUCAUCUCCAAUCAUGUCACAUAAAAUUCCUGUUUACUCCACACAAAUUGAAAGCUCAUCAGAUCCUCUUUCUGAACUUCAAGCAUUAAUAAAACCUUUGCCAUGUGUCUCACGUCAAAGAAAUUCACUGUACACUUCGAGCUCCACCACGUCUGCUCGAGAUCCAGACUUUAAGCAACAACAAAGAAUUAGUUGUCCUCCUCAAACAUCAUUCAUGCUCGAUACUCCGCCAGUAAAAAAGCGUGGUGAGACCGUGGAAAAAAAUUUCGAAGAUAAUUUAAAGUAUGAAGAAAAUCUUGUAGGGGAUCAAACAGAUACAAAGAAUUGUAAAUUAACUACGAUACUCAGAGCAACAGGAUCACCACCUACAAGGACCACUAGUGUACGGCUUCCUGUAAGGAACGAUCUAUCGACCCAAGUUCAACGUACCAAUUGGGCUCGACAUACUACUAAGUAGUUUUGAUAAUUCAAACUGGACAAGUAGUCAUUUCUUUUAUUGAUCAAUAAAUUUUUAUGUGCGUGCCAACAGUUUCAGGAAGAACAACAAUAUAUGAAAUCAAUUUGUUACUUGUAAAAGAUUUUCCUCUUUUUAAGAAUCACUUGUGCCAAAUUUUAAUUUUUUUAAGCUCAUUUUUUUUUCUUAUUUAUGUAGUUAUGAAUAAUUUAAAAUAAAUAUACAUUGAUUAAGAUAAAAAAGGCAUCGUUACACUUAAAAAAAAUCUAGGCAUCGGUUGGCCCCGAGCAAGCCAGCCCCUAAACUUCCCGGUGUUUUUGAGCUCUACACACACUAAAAAAAAUUCUCGACUGAAGGUAAAUAUUCUUGAUUCAAGAAAAUUUUUUUGGAGACCUAAAUUUUCUCAGAUAAAGUAGAAAUCUUCUCCAACCAAGACGAAUUCUCUUGGCUCAAGAAAAUCUUGACUUGGUUCCCGAAAACGUUUGUCUUCAAAAAUAUUUUCCUGACUCAAGAUAUCUGUUUUUUCUGUGUAGGAACUCGAAAACAUUAGUAUAAAUACAUUUUCGAGCUCGACAAUACCUUUGUUUCUUUUUUUUAUGAGCUUUUCAAGCUCAAAAGGGUUACGGUUUAUGUUAAAGUUUAAAAAUUUAGAAUCCAAAAUAAUAAAUGAAUGAGCGAUUUUUAUAUAUUUAUUUACAAUUAUGUUCAAUAAUUAGCUCAAAAAUAAGUAUUUACGUGUUAAGUUUUAUCUAUAUCGUGAUACGAGCGAACAUGACGAUUUUUGAGCAAUCACUUCCAAUAACUUAUAUAAAGAAGAACAUAUUAGUUUUGAGUAAUUAUGUUCAGUAAUUAUGAUGUUAUUCAAUGGAAAAAGCAGAUAUAGAUUUUACAUUUAUCAUUCCGUCGACGAUAUCUCUCGAACGGAUUAUCUGAUUGGGACGUUCUUGGCAGCAAUCGAAUGCUUUUAUCGAGUGCUAGAGCUGAUUAGAUUUUGGAAUUGAUCGAUUCGAUAGACUCCGAAAUAUUCACGCAAAACGAAAAAAAACUAUUUUUUUUCCAUUCUUUCGUUGACAAUAUCUCUUGAACGGAUUAUCCGAUUGAGACGUUUGAGGUGGCAAUUGGCGCGUUUCAUUGAGGUCUAGAGCUGAUAAAAUUUUGUGAAUGAUUGGUUUAGUCAUUUCGACGGUAUUUGCAAAAAACUGUGUUCUACUAUUUCUUUCGUCGACGAUAUCUUUCGAACGGAUUAUCUGAUUGAGACAUUCUUGGCGGCAAUCGAAAGCUUUUAUCGAGUUCUAAAGUCCUCCCAGAGAGUAAAUCGCCGUCGGGAAUUGUCGAAAAUUUUCGUUUUGUAAUGUUAAUGUAUAGUAACGGCGUGAGAUUAGACUUGUUUUUCCAUAGUGGGGGUAAAAACCGGCGGCGACUUAUUCUCUGGGAGGACUUUAGAGCUGAUUAGAUUUUGGAAUUGAUCGAUCCAACAGUUUUCAAAAUAUCCAAAAAAAAACGAAAAAAAAAAUUUUUUUUUUUCGUAUUUCUUAAAUAUCUCAGAAUAUAUAUGACUAAAUAAUCUAAAAUUUUCUAAAAAUCUAAGUUCAGAAGGGAUCUUUUGAGUGCCGCAAGAACCAUCUAAAUCGGUUCAUUCAUUAAAAAGAUAUGAGAGGUUUACAUCCACACACACACACAUACACACACACACACACACACACACACACACACACACACACACACACACACACACACACACA